GCGAAGGCGGGCUCCCCCUCAGGAGCCAUGGCCGCCCGCAGCCCCCGCGUCGCGGCCGCCGCUGCUGCUGCUUCUUUCCUCUCCCCGACCCCGCGGGCCCUCGGCAGCACCGGCACCCCCGUGCUCGCCGAGUGCCCCGGCAACGACGAUGAGCGCGAGAGGCGCCAGCGCCGCCGCUCCAGGGCGGUGGACUCGUCUCUGCAGGGCCUCGGCUCCCCUUCGCUCAGGACCGAGGGCUGGCAGCCGCCGCUGCCCCAGUGGAGCAACGCGCAGAUCUCUGAGCACUACAGCACCUGCAUCAAGCUCUCCACCGAGAAUAAAAUCACCACCAAAAACGCCUUUGGGCUGCACCUGAUCGAUUACAUGACCGACAUCCUGAAGCAGAAGAACUCGGAGCUCACCAACUUCCAGGUGGCCGCCGGGACGCUGGACGCCAGCGCCAAGAUCUACGCCGUGCGCGUGGAUUCCGUGCACGCCGACGCCUUCAGGGUCCUGGGACACCUGGGCAAGGAGCCGGCCCCUGCCAGGGACCCGGACAGCCCCGAGGAAGACUCCAGCCCAGCCCCCGAGGCUGCCAGGAAGGCUCAGCCAAAGAAGAAGCAAAGCUUCAAAACCAUCGAGCAGAACCUGAGCAACAUCAACGUGUCCGAGGCCAGCCGCAGGGCUGAGGUGGAUCCCAUGUUCCAGAGGGCGGCCGCCUCCUUCGAUGAGUGCAACGCUGCCGGGAUUUUCCUGACGGGGCUGCGCUCCCAGGGCUUCCAGAGCCGCCUCCAGUUCCACUCCGGGAUCGUCCCCCUGCCCUCCUCGGAGAGCCCGGCCCUGCCCAGUGCCCAGCCCGUCCCCGUGCCCGGCCUCAGAGCCCUGCUGGCUCCGUGCCUGGAAAAACGCCGGAUCUGCUCCUCCCUGGCCGGGUUCCAGUUCAGCAAGUGGGACGAGGAGUUCGACCAGUCGGUGUCGGCGCUCCUGGAGAAGCUCCAGAGGAGCGAGCAGGUGUUCGAUCCCAACCUGGAUCCCGACAGCGACGAUGGGGAGGGCUGGGGCCCCUCCCAGCCGGAAUUCCAGCCGGGUUCUCCGGCCGGAGAGGGCAGCCAGGAAUUCCAGGAGAACGGCGACUCCCAGGGGACACUCGGCCACAGCAAGAGGAGCUCCGGAGCUCCCUUUGGAGAGGGGGACAUCGGCACGCUGAGCCUGCACGUGUCCCUGAAUCCCGGGGAAUAUUCCUACUUCAGCCCCCGCACGCUCUCCAUGUGGGCCGGCCCCGAGCACUGGCGCUUCCGGCCCCGCCAGCCACCAGCCCCAGGCCCAGAGAAGGAUUCCCAGCGGAGGAUUCCCAGGAAGGUUUUUGAGUUGGAUUUCCAGGAGGACAUCGACUUCCAGGCCCAUUUCCGUAAGACCAAGGUCUCCACAACUCUGGCCAAAUCCAUCCUGGAAAGCCAAAACAUCCGGAGCACCACGCUCCCGGCAGACUUCAACUACGACCCCCAGAACAUGGCCCGGCUCUUCCUCAAACCCCUGGUCAAGCUCAGCAGGAGCCCGGAUCCAGUGGAAGCCUUGGAUAACGAGGCUGGGAUUGAGGACUACGACUACAACAACCCCAACGACACCUCCAACUUCUGCCCUGCCCUGCAGGUCCCCGACAGCGAUGACGAUCCUGAUCCUGCGGAAUUCCCGGGCCAGCCUGGGCACUUCCCACUCCCGGCUCAUCCCGAGGCUCCGGAACUUUCCGGGAUCAACGUGGGGAAUGGCCCGGCCUGCGGGGAGCUGGAGCUGAUUGCUGAGCCCCAGAAGAUCCAUAAAAUCCCCAUCCAAUAUGCCAAGACCGCCAAGAAGAUGGACAUGAGGAGGCUCAAGAGGAGCAUGUGGGAGCUGCUGACGGGGCAGGCGGCGCCGGGCGAGGGGGAGGACCCUGCGGAGGGGACGGACACGGAGGUGGCCGGAGAGAAGGUCCUGAGUGACCUCACCAAGGAGCUGCUGCACAGGCUCCCUCCUGCCAUGGCCACCAACCUGUCGGUGCCCCUGGCCUUCGUGUGCCUGCUGCAUCUGGCCAACGAGAAGAACCUGAGGCUGGAGAGCACCGAGGACCUGUCGGAUGUGUGGGUGAGGCAGGGGCACUGAGCCCGGCAUUCCCCAAUUCCCAGAUCCCAAAUCCUCAGGCUGGACCUCAGGGAUGUCCCAGCUGCACGCGGGGACGGCUCCGGCACUUCCAGCCGGGAUCCGGCAGCUUUUCCCUGCGCCGGGAAUUCUGCACCUCACUGUGAACACGGCUGCUGUGUCCUGGGAUUUCCUGUGUCCCAGAAUUUCCUGUGUCCCAGAAUUUCCUCUUUCUGUGUCCCAAAGUUUCCUGUCUGUGUCCUGAAAUUUCCUGUCUCCUAAAAAUCUCCUGUGUCCCAAAAUCUCCUGUAUCCCGAAAUUUCCUGUGUCCUGAAAUUUCCAGUCUGUGUCUCACAAUUUCCUGUGUCCCAAACUUCCCUGUGAAUCCCAAAAUUUCCUGUCUGUAUCCCAAAAUUUCCUGUCUGUAUCCCAAAAUUUCCUGUCCGUGUCCCAAAAUUUCCUGUCCGUGUCCCAAAAUUUCCUGUCCGUGUCCCAAAAUUUCCUGUCCGUGUCCCAAAAUUUCCUGUCUGUAUCCCAAAAUUUCCUGUCUGUAUCCCAAAAUUUCCUGUCUGUGUCCCAAAAUUUCCUGUCCGUAUCCCAGAAUUUCCUGUCUGUAUCCCAGACUUUCCUCUGUGUUCCAAAAUUUCCUGUCUGUAUCCCAGACUUUCCUCUGUGUUCCAAAAUUUCCUGUCUGUAUCCCAAAAUUUCCUCUGUGUCCCAAAAUUUCCUGUGUCCCAAAAUUUCCUCUGUGUCCCAAACUUCCCUGUGUAUCCCAAAAUUUCCUGUCUGUAUCCCAAACUUUCCUCUGUGUUCCCAAAUUCCCCGUGUCCCAGAAUUUCCUCUAUGUCCCAAACUUCCCUGCGUAUCCCAAAAUUUCCUCUCUCUCUCUAUCCCAAAUUUCCCGUGUCCCAAAUUUUCCUCCCCGUGUCCUUCCCAUCUGUAAUUCCCAGUUUUUGGACUGACUGUUACCGCUGGCCCCGGUUCCUCCCGUUCCCCGGGAUUGUUCCCUUCUACUGUUGAAGGAAUAAAUUCUGCAGACUUUG